CUCCCAAGAUGAGGUCGCCAACAGUUGCUAUCCUGUUGUGUUUGCUCGUGACCUCACAGGUUGAGGCGUGGCAGUGGACCCACGUUUUGCAGCUUGUGAACUCCGCUUGCUCUGUCGUUGACAGCCCAUGGUGUCACCUUGCCUUGUUCAUCACUGACAAGUAUCUCACGUAUGACGUUGGUGUAGCAGUCAUGAAGAUUGUGGAAAAACUACAAGAAGGGGGAACGUUGGACUUCAAGGAUAUCCCUGAUGCACUGUUCAGGGCCGUGUGGGCAAUAGAAAAAGGACGCCGCAAUGUCGAGGUGGUUCACAAAUUAAAAACAUGAAUGGGACAAACAGCAUACA